AUGUCUUCCGUCUCCCAUCCACACACUGUGCCUCUGUACAUUAGUGCUCAUGACGACGUCUGCUCCAUCUCCACGCCCCAUAAACCCGACCGCAUCGUCUUCCCCCUUCCUGACCGCAAUGGAAGACCAAAGAGACGUCAUGCUGCCACACUGGACUCCUCCCUCUACACACUGGACUCCUCCCUCUACACACUGGACUCCUCCCUCUACACACUGGACUCCUCCCUCUACACACUGGACUCCUCCCUCUACACACUGGACUCCUCCCUCUGCACACUGAACUCCUCCCUCUGCACACUGGACUCCUCCCUCCGCACACUGGACUCCCCUCUACACACUGGACUCCUCCCUCUCCACACACUGGACUCCUCCCUCUCCACACUGGACUCCUCCCUCUACACACUGGACUCCUCCCUCUACACACUGGACUCCUCCCUCUCCACACACUGGAAUCCUCCCUCUCCACACACUGGACUCCUCCCUCUACACACUGGACUCCUCCCUCUACACACUGGACUCCUCCCUCUCCACACUGGACUCCUCCCUCUCCACACACUGGACUCCUCCCUCUCCACACACUGGACUCCUCCCUCUCCACACACUGGACUCCUCCCUCUACACACUGGACUCCUCCCUCUCCACACACUGGACUCCUCCCUCUCCACACACUGGAAUCCUCCCUCUCCACACACUGGACUCCUCCCUCUACACACUGGACUCCUCCCUCUCCACACACUGGACUCCUCCCUCUCCACACACUGGACUCCUCCCUCUACACACUGGACUCCUCCCUCUACACACUGGACUCCUCCCUCUCCACACACUGGAAUCCUCCCUCUCCACACACUGGAAUCCUCCCUCUCCACACACUGGACUCCUCCCUCUCCACACACUGGACUCCUCCCUCUCCACACACUGGAAUCCUCCCUCUCCACACACUGGACUCCUCCCUCUCCACACACUGGACUCCUCCCUCUCCACACACUGGACUCCUCCCUCUCCACACACUGGACUCCUCCCUCUCCACACACUGGAAUCCUCCCUCUCCACACACUGGACUCCUCCCUCUACACACUGGACUCCUCCCUCUCCACACCUGCUCUGAUCUCAACAUCAGCCUCAGCUGCUCACCUGAGCUCAUCACUUCAUGAAGGCAUGUAUACAGAGCCUCUCAGCUCUCUGCAGCUCAAGCUGCUGUUUGAGCAGCAACCCACCUCCUCCCCAUCACCGCCUCUUCAGUGA